AUGGAUUGCUAUCAUCGCAUGCAUCGUGCUCAGUGUCAUGUCGACCACACCGCGGAGGUUUCACUCACUGCUCUGCUUGGUAUGGAAUACAUUAUGCGUCUAUGGUCAUGCGGGUGUCGCUCAAAAUACUCGGGCAUCCGUGGCCGACUUCAGUUCGCAAGGAAGUGCAUGCCCGUAAUCGAUGUGAUUUCCUUGACUGCUUCCAUUGUUUUGCUGGUCACUGGAAGCAGCAAUGGUAUUCUUAAUGAAACGACCCUCAGAGGCCUACGCUUCGUAGAUAUCAUUCGUCUCCUGCGCAUAGAUCGCCACGGUGCCACAUGGCGGUUGCUUGGAUCGGUCGUUCACAGCCAUCGAAAAGAGCUCCUCACUACUAUGUACCUCGCUCUAAUCAGUCUGAUAUUCGCCUCAUAUUUUAUCUUCAUCGCUGAAAAAGAUGCGGUGGAUUCGUCUGGAGAAGUGAAGUUCAGAACCUAUGCAGAUGCCUUAUGGUGGGGAAUGGUAACAUUUUAUACUAUUGGUUAUGGGGACAUGACACCGUUGACAUGGAUUGGAAAAAUACUGACCUGUAUCUUCUGUCUGACACUGACAGCGUUUUUCCAAGUGCCUGCGGGUAUCCUUGGAUCUGGCUUUGCUCUAAGGGUUCACCAGAACCAGCGAGAGAAACAGCAACAACGUCAGAUUCCGGCUGCUGCUACUCUCAUUCAGGUGCAUAGUUUGGCUCGAAGUCUAUCUGUCAGAAAUAGUAUUGCUUUGGCAUUUGGUUAA